AUGAAGUUCUCCAUCGUUUCCGCAGGUCUUUUGGCCGCAUUUGCCUCUGCUGCUCCAACCCCAACAUCCGACGAGCUUGUCAACCGCGCUGCUAUCGCCAAACGUGCUUCCGUCACCGACGCCUGCACCAUUGGAUACGCCAGCACCAACGGUGGUACCAAAGGAGGAGCUGGAGGAGCCACCACCACUGUUUCUACCUACGCUCAAUUCACCAAGGCCGCCACCGCAGGAAACACCGUCGUUGUAGUUUCGGGUCCUAUCACUCAAGCUGCGAAACAAGUCAAGGUUGCUAGCGAUACAACCAUUAUUGGUACAAACUCCAAGGUGGUUUUCAAUGGUUUUGGAUUACUCGUCAAGGGACAAUCCAAUGUUAUCAUCCGUAACAUUGCCAUUACGAACGUUCUUGCUGAAUACGCUGAUGCCAUCGGAAUCCAAAAAUCCACCAACGUCUGGGUCGACCACGUGGAUCUCUCCUCGAACCGAGACCACGACAAAGACUACUACGACGGACUUUUCGACGUAACACACGCCUCGGACUUCGUCACCUUCUCCAACUCCUUCAUCCACGACCACUGGAAGGCGUCCCUCAUCGGGCACUCCGACUCCAACUCCGCCGAAGACACGGGGCACCUCCACGUCACCUACGCCAACAACUUCUGGCAAAACAUCAACUCCCGCGGCCCAUCCAUCCGUUUCGGCACCGCGCACAUCUUCAACUCGUACCACAACAACGUAUCCGACGGUAUCAACACUCGUGACGGUGCUCAAGUACUCGUCGAGUCCAACGUCUGGAACGAUUCCAAGAAGGCUUUGUAUACCACCGAUGCUGGAUAUGCCGUUUCGAACGAUAACGACUUUGGUUCUUCCAGCAAUGAGGCUUCUAAGGGUACGUUGACUGCCAGCAAGUUGGGAUACAGCUAUACUCUUUUGGGAAGCAGCAAGGUUAAGGUCAGUGUUGUUGGAUCUGCAGGUGUUACCUUGAACUUCUAG